GGCAAUGGGCAAACAGGCAUAACAUGUGUUGAUACUAUCUGGUAACACAUCUGUCAAAAUUGUACAUUCUGAAAAAGUUUUAUCGUUUCAAACAUUGUUUCGGAUGUCUUUUUAUUGUUUGACGCUUUCAUUUUUGACUUGAAAUUGAUGAUUUUGUUUUUAUGUGUAUAUUUUAUAGAUAUUAAGUUAUAUAAAUAUGGUUAAAUCACGUUCGAGAUCAUUGUCGCCCAGACGUCGAGACCGUGAACGAGAACGAGAACGGGAAAGAAUUCGAGAUCGAGAUCGAGAUGAUCGCAACGACCGCGAACGAGACCGCAGGCGAAAGCGAGAACGCUCAAGGGAUCGUUCAAGGGACAGGCGUCGAAAAUCAGCAGAAAGAAAUAGACGGAGAUCUAGAUCUAGAUCACGUUCUGAAUCUCGAAGUACAAGAGACAGAAAAUCUCACGUUCAAGUUGGUGACAGGCCUCGAAUCACAGAAGCUGAUCUAGAAGGUAAAACUCCCGAUGAACAAGAAAUGAUGAAGACGAUGGGUUUUUGUGGUUUUGAUACAACUAAAGGUAAAAAAGUGCAAGGAAACAAUGUUGGAGAUGUACAUGUUAUUUUAAAGCGUAAAUACCGGCAAUACAUGAAUCGUAAAGGAGGCUUUAACAGACCAUUAGAUUUUGUUGCAUAGUGCAAUCUCACGAACUAUUAUAUACCUAUACCAUAUCACCUCAACUAUCAGGAACUAAUGACCUCAGUAUCAUUUACAGAUACUACAAGUAACGUAACAUAACAGUUAUCCUCAAAUUUGUUGUAAAU